GGCGUGUGGAGCUGGUGAAGGGUUAAAGAAUAAGUGCACGCAGCCAAUGAGGAAGAGGAGGAUGAGAUCCAACAUCAAGGUGGAUCGAGGCUUCUUUUUGGCGCGAUUUAGAAUUAAUCGAUCAGAAUUAGGAAGAAUGAAAACGGUUUCGUCAGUCCCAGCUUUAAUGGAUGGAGACAACAAGCGUGGCGCGUUCACGGACCGCCUCACAGGAGCGGUGUGUGUGCAGCAUGAGAGCCGUGUGGAGCACCACUGAGAGGCGGAUAUAUCACCUGACGGCCCCCUCCUCCCGCCACCCAACACCGGACAGAAGCGGACACCGUCGCUCCCUUUCAUCUUGUCAACGGGAGGCAGUGAACGCCUCACACACCGCGCUGCGUUCAAGGGAGGGCGCAACUUUUUUUUUGCUUUCUCCUUCAUCUCGACAACUCUCACCGCCGAGCUUGAUUGGGGCGAACCGUCAGCUCGCUUAGUUCGCUCGGGGGACAGGAAAAAGUCCAGAUAAAGUCCACUGCCGUGAAGAUGCCGGUCCGUCGAGGCCAUGUUGCUCCACAGAACACCUUCCUGGACACCAUCAUCAGGAAAUUUGACAGUCAAAGCCGCAAGUUUGUCAUUGCCAAUGCCAGAGUGGAGAACUGCGCCAUUAUCUUCUGCAACGAUGGCUUCUGUCACAUGUGCGGUUACUCGCGAGCUGAGAUCAUGCAGAAGCCGUGCACGUGCAACUUCCUGUACGGACCCGACACCAAACGUCUGGCCAUCGCUCAGAUGGCUCAGGCCCUGCUGGGGUCAGAGGAGAGGAAAGUGGAGAUCGACCUUUACCGCAAAGAUGAGGAGAUGACGGCAGACUGA